UCGGAACAUUUUACAUAGUCAUAAUACAAAACAUUAACCGUUUUCUAUAUUUUUAUACUUUAUAGUAGACGAGAUUAUUACCUCUGUGGCCAUGGUUUCAACAUAUACUCCCAAAAUAUUUUUUUAGAACCAUGCUGUUGUCAUAAUUAUGUCAUUAGUAUCAAAACAAGUAAUUUUACUAUAAAUAUAGUAUAAUGAGUAACGUACCUGAGGAAUUAGAAAGAUCAGAGGACGAACCUGAAUAUAAAAGUCAGCCUGUACAAUCAAUUCGUGUAUUUCGGGGUGUAGGUCGCUCGGCUCCAAUUGCUUUGCCAGAAUUAGCAGAAAAUAGAAAGUGUACGGAUGUUGGAUUUGGUGUUAUUUUCGGAAUAGCUUUUUUAAGUCUAAUUGCUUUUUCUGCAUAUAUAGCUUCACAAUCCGAUUUUAGAAUACUAUUGAAUGGUCUAGAUGCAUGUGGAAAUGUUUGUGGAGUGAAAAACACCCAAACAUACAAUAAAAAUUGCUCAGCAAGGAACUACAUCAAUAGCCCAAUUCUAGAUGUGAAAGAAGAAGAAUGUAUUACGGCUAAUGAGUGUGAAGCUAGAAACAAAACAAUAUUUGGUAGACGAUGUAUGCCCCCUCACAAAAAAUCUUCAAAGACAAAGAAAAAAUUAUUUUCCGGUCGUGACUAUUAUAAAUCUAUUGAUAAUAUUGUUCCCUACUCUGUAAUAGUCCUGAUUUUAAUGCCCUCUGUGGCUACAGGAUUGUCUUUACUGAUAUACAUCCUGAUUCGGCACCACCCAAAGUUUUCCUUCUAUUUUUUUACUAUCCUUACAAUCAUUAUACUUUUAUUUGCGGCGGGCUACUUUUGGUACUUAGUAUACAUUAAUCAUCGUGAUAAAGCUGAAAUGCGUUGGAAACUUGUAAUAAUUGGCAACGCUGUCUUUUGCACUAUCAGUGGUGUGACGUUGUUUAUUAUAAUUGGAUGUAGAUGCAGCAGAAUUGAUCUUUUAAUUGAAGUUUAUAAUGAAACAUUUGAUGCAAUUUGUAAUUCAAAGCUUAUCUUCUUUGCACCCUUUGCGACCAUGGUGUUAAUGUGUUUGCUUGGGAUUAGCUGGAUAUUUAUGAUAUUUAUGUCUGUUUCCGUUAAAAUUCCACAAGAUGGAGGUCUCCCUGUUGUAAGAAUAGUAUACCUAUGUUUCCUGAUCUUUAUGGGAUAUUGGAUAUUUACGUUUGUUGAAGGAUGUCAGUGUAUAAUGAUCGCUGGAACAAUAGCAAGUUAUUAUUUUACAAGAGACCGAGAUGAUUUCGAAGGUCAAUAUUGUAACAAUGUGGGAAUAGUAAUUCGCUUUCAUCUGGGGACUGUUGCAACUGGAUCACUACUUAUUACUAUGGUUUCAAUGAUGAGACUACUGGUUGAUAUUCUUUCUAAUUGGGACGAAUCUGCAGAUGUGUGGGAAGUGAUAAGGUGUAUAAUACUUUGCAUUCUUGAAACUUUCGAGGAGAUUGUAAAUUAUAUUAGUCAUAAAGCGUAUAUAAUGACAGCCAUUCAUGGUAAAAACUUUUGGUUAUCUGGCAAGCGGGCAAUAAGUUUAAUAUGGUACAACUUUUUGGACACAAUAUCAAUUGAUGCAUUAAACUCUGCUGUUCAGUUUUCAGCUUCUAUUUUAAUUUUGCUUAUCGCGUUACUCCUUGGAUAUGCUGUUCUAUCAACACAACAAAUGGGUUUUAUAAUUGAAAAUCUCUUGGUUGGUGGGUUACUUACAGGCAUUACCUUAUACUUAUUCUUUUCCUUGUUGAGUGUAAGUAACAAUUACGAAUGUGAUUUUCUUUAUAAACAUCAUUUUAAGACCGCAGUUGGAACAAUUUUCUUAUGUUAUUGCGAAGAUGCUAUAAUGAAUGAUGGAAGCAGUCAGCGGCCUUUUUUUAUGAGCGAAGAUCUUGAAGACACAUUGUAUGAAGCCUUGGAAAUUGUGGCCGAAAAAAGAGAAGAAAAAGAAGAAAGGAAAGAGUUGAGAAGAGAAAAUAGACUAGAUGAAGAAGACGACUGAUAC